GCGGCGGAGGCUACGGUGCUGAGGGCUGAGCAAACGCACCUCUGGCUGGUGCUGGCGCAUCUCUAGAUCCUUUCCAAGAGUUCAGUUAUGGGUGUGAGAGGUUUGCAAGGGUUUGUGGGAAGUACCUGCCCACAUAUAUGCACAGUGGUGAAUUUCAGAGAGCUGGCAGAGCACCACCGCAGCAAGCACCCUGGGAGCACUCCUACCAUUGUGGUGGAUGCCAUGUGCUGCCUCCGGUACUGGUAUACUCCAGAAUCUUGGAUCUGCGGUGGCCAAUGGCGAGAAUACUUUUCUGCCUUGCAAGAUUUUGUUAGAACUUUUACAGCUGUUGGCAUCAAAUUGGUAUUCUUCUUUGAUGGCAUGGUGGAGCAAGACAAGAGAGAUGAAUGGGUGAAACGAAGACUCAAGAACAACAGGGAGAUAUCCAGGAUUUUUCAUUACGUCAAGUCCCACAAGGAGCAGCCAGGCAGAAACAUGUUCUUCAUCCCCUCAGGGCUAGCCAUAUUUACACGAUUUGCUCUAAAGACGCUGGGUCAGGAAACCUUCUGUUCAUUACAAGAGGCUGACUAUGAGGUGGCUUCCUAUGGUCUCCAGCAUAACUGCCUUGGGAUUCUUGGGGAAGACACUGAUUACUUAAUCUAUGACACUUGUCCCUACUUUUCAAUUAGUGAGCUCUGCUUGGAUAGUCUGGACACUGUCAUGCUCUGUAGAGAGAAACUCUGUGAGAGUUUGAGUCUCAACGUGGCAGACCUUCCUCUUCUGGCCUGCCUACUUGGCAAUGACAUAAUCCCAGAGGGCAUGUUUGAAAGUUUUCGAUACAAAUGCUUGUCUUCCUACACCUCUGCAAAAGAGAACUUUGACAAAAAAGGUAACAUUAUAUUAGCUGUAUCAGAUCAUAUAUCUAAAGUUCUUCACUUGUAUCAAGGUGAGAAAAAAUUAGAAGAGAUACUACCUUUGGGACCAAACAAAGCUCUUUUUCAUAAAGGAAUGGCAUCAUAUCUUUUACCAGGACAGAAAUCUCCAUGGUUUUUCCAAAAACUCAAGGAUGUGAUAGCUUUGGACAAGGAGCCAAUACCCAUAAAUUCAGACCCUGAAUCCAGGCAGGUUCCCGUGUAUACAGACCCUGAAUCCAGGCAAGAUGUUCCCAUGUGUACAGACCCUGAAUCCAGGCAAGAUGUUCCCAUGUGUACAGACCCUGAAUGCAGACAAGAAGUUCCCAUGUGUACAGACCCCGAAUCCAGACAAGAAGUUCCCAUGGGUACAGACCCCGAAUCUAAGAAGGAAGUUCCCAUUUGUAUACUUCCAGAAAUCAAGCAGCAGUUACCUAUAGCAACAGACCCUGAAGUUAAGCUAGAAGCCCCUGUACAUCUAAACCCUGAAAUUAAACAAGAAGACCCCAUGAAUAUGGACCCUGAAAUAAAGCAACAAGGAACCAUGGUUUCAGACACUGAAAUCUUAAAGGUUGCCAGAACACAUCAUUUCCAGGCAGAAACUUACCUGGUGUACAACAUCAUGAGCAGUGGAGAGAUUGAGUGCAGCAACACCCUGGAAGACGAACUGGACCAGGCCCUGCCCAGCCAGGCCUUCAUCUAUCGGCCUGUUCGACAGCGUGUGUACUCACUUUUGUUGGAGGACUGUAAAGAUGGUGCCAGCACCUGUCCAGCUGUCAAGGAGUGGUUUGUAUACCCUGGGAACCCGCUGAGGCACCCGGACCUCGUCAGGCCUCUACCGAUGACUGUGCCAGGAGGAACGCCUAGUUUGAAAAUGUUAUGGCUGAACCCAGAGCCAGAAGUACAGGCCCGGCGUUUGGACACACUCCUAGCCUGUUUCAACCUUUCCUCCUCAAGAGAAGACCUGCAGUCUGUAGAAACCCCAUUUAGAGCUUUAUGCUGCCUCUUGAUCUACCUCUUCGUCCAGGUAGACACUCUUUGCCUGGAGGAUCUGCACGCGUUUAUUGCACAAGCUUUGUGCCUCCAAGGAAAAUCAACUGCUCAGCUUAUAAACUUACAGCCUGACUACAUCAACCCCAGAGCCGUGCAGCUGGGCUCCCUCCUCGUCCGUGGCCUCACCACUCUGGUUUUGGUCAACAGUGCAUGUGGCUUCCCCUGGAAGACGAGUGAUUUCAUGCCCUGGAACAUAUUUGACGGGAAGCUUUUUCAUCAGAAAUACCUGCAGUCUGAAAAGGGAUAUGCUGUGGAGGCUCUUCUAGAACAAAAUAGAUCUCGGCUCACCAGAUUUCACAGCCUGAAGUCAGUCGUCUGCAAGGCCUGCAUGAAGGAGAACAGGCGUAUCGUGGGCCAAUCGCACUGGGGCCACACAGGGCGGUGGGGGAGGCCAAGCUCUGGCUCCCACAGGUCGGGCUCUGGGUACAGCCGUUCUGCACAAGGACAGCCGUGGAGAGACCAGGGAUCAGGAAACAGACAAUAUGAGCAUGACCAGUGGAGAAGAUACUAGUCAUCCUCCAGGUUCUUAAAUAGAACUCAGAUGUGGAAUCCUGCUGCCCUGGUACCAAGUUAAUUUGAUUUCAAGACACCUUUGCUUCCUCCAGAGACAGUGUGGAGGGAAGAGAUGCCUAUGUGGGCCUGGCACCCUCCUCUAGAGCCUCAUUCUCGUCCUAGGAGGAGAGCCUGCUUGAGGGCUCCAGACCUCUUCACAACCCUCCCUCCUGUCUGCAGAAAGACUUUGUUGGCGCUCUCUCUGAUUCCACAGCCCAGAACAAUCCCUGUUAACAUUUCUUGUAUUUCACCCCCAUCUUUUCACUCAUGGUAGGAGGCAUCGUUUAUUUCUUUGUUUAAUAAAUUGGAAUAUUGCUGCAUCCUGCCUUUUUUUCCCUAAGCAUUAGAAUGUGAGGCGUUUUCUUAUAUCAUUCAGUAGUCUUUGGAAACGUGGUGUCUGAAUAGCUGUAUAGUCACCCUACAUUCCAAGACCUCAGUGGAUGCCUGAAACCAUAGAUCACACUAGGUGUACAAUGUUUCUUCCUCUACCUACAUGCACAGCUCUGAUAAAGUUUAAUUUAUAAACUAGGCACAGCAAGAGAUUAACAACUAUAAUAAUAAAGUAGAACAAUUAUAAUAAUACACUGUAAUAAAAAGAUAUGUGAAUCUGGUCUCUUUCUCUCAGAACAUCUCAUUGUACCAUAAUCAUCCUUUUUAAAAUCUGUUGGCCCAAUUGCUGAGAAGGCUCCUAAGGAAUUCACAGCUGGACACCACAGCGUGGCGGUGUGAAGCUUCAUCCACCGCUCCAAGUGGCACACAAUCUGAAACUCAGCAAUUGCUUGUUUCUGGGAUUUUCCAUUUGAUAUCUUGAACCUCAGCUGACCGUGAUAGCUGAACCAUAGACAAUGAAGUGAGGACAAGGAGGGACUGCUGUGUAACACUUCAGGACUGUUUUCUAAUUAAUUCUUAUCACAGGAGCAUGUCCACUAGCUCUUCUCUUGGUUCUCAGAAGUGUUUGAACAAGAUGAAAAGUAACAUCUAAUUUAUCUUUUUCCCUGUGGAAGAGUUCGUGGGGGCAUGGCACAGGGUGGGAGUCCCAGUCCUGUCCCUGUCCCAUCACCUUCUUCACUUGGCUGCUCCAACUCUGGAUUCUCACAGUGAUGCUUGUGAAGAGGUGCAGACAGGAGCCCUGGGAAGCACAUGUCAAGAGAAGGCGACAGUUGAGCUGUCGGAAGCCUAAUUUAUGAUGCCGCUUGUGAAUGCUACAUUUGUUCCUCUUCAUCUGUGAGCAUUGAGGGACUUUUGUUUUUAGAAACCAUGUUAAAUGAAUCCACAUUCAGAGUAAUUCUUUCUGUGGGAAAAUUUUCAGAUAAUCCAAAAUAGAAAUUUUAAGCCCAAAACUCUAGUGAGCUGACCCUUUGGGGACAGGAAUGGCCAGGGUAUUGAUAAUGGAAAGGAUUCUAGGUUAGAAGACAGGCCUGCCACUAGGCACUGUCUAAACCCUGGAACUCGCCCUUGGCUCUGCCUGAGAUGUGAGAGCUGGUGGUGGCUGCCUGAGUCCCUUCUGGGCCACACUGUGACUCUGGAGAUAACGGGAGUAGUCUGAAGAAAUGCUUACUUCUGUGAGCAGAGACAUAUCCUUCUGGUGAGUGUUGUCUUUAAAAACAAAAUAAGCAGCCGGGCUUGGUGGCUCAGCCUGUAAUCCCACGCCUU